AUGACAGGGUCACCUAACGGACAUGCUUUUCUUCUAAAUCCAAGCGCUCCAGAAGGACCUACACGCUUUUCGCAAGCACGAUCAGUUCCAAGCAGCAGUCGCACAAUCUACGUCUCUGGCAUCGCAAGCAUACUUCCAGAUGGCACUAUUGCCGGCGCUGAAGAAGGUCAAAUACCUGAUGUACGAAAGCAAACCAAGACAGUCCUCAGCACAAUCGACGAUAUCAUCCGAGGAGCUUCUGAUGGAAAAGGCGGUAUACACAACUUGAUCGAUGCCGUGGUAUACUUGACCGAGAUGGAAAGAGAUUAUGCAGGCAUGAAUGAGGAGUGGAAUAAGGUCUUUGAGAGUCGGACGGUAGCGCCUGCAAGAGCGACCAUUGGCGUGAAGGACUUGCCAGACCCACGAUUUGUGGUGGAAGUCAAGGGUGUAGCGAUAGUGCCGGAAUGA